GUGAAACAGACAAAAACCGAUAAGGUAAAGCUGGAUGACUUAAAAAUGUAUGCCUGUGCAGUAACUGUUUAAAUCCGUUUAAACUCUUAUCCCACGCGUGGUACUAAUAGCACAGCAGCGCCACCCUGUGUUUGAUUUGUUGCCAUAGGUCUAAAAAAAUAAUAGCAAUUUCUCCUUGAUUCCCCUGAUACUCCUCGAACUAAAACCUAAGGAUACAACCUGUUGUGGACUGCAAAACCUGUAGAAUUAUCAGAAUUACUUCACAAAAACAAAAGUAGUUCACAAAAAAAGUACAUUAACUCAAACUAAACUAAUCUCUGUCCUACAGCCUCCAUUAGAGGGCAAGUUCUGUUUUAUUUAAACCCCAUUAUCAGAAAUCAGAAUUCCUCAUAUAGAACAAGGAAUUUGACUUGGUGUUGGCAGGUGGUGCAUCUCAGCAUAAAAAAGUACAAACAGUACAACAUACAACAUGACAUGGUACUUGAAUAGUGCAAUUCAGGAUAAAUUGAAAUGAAGGACGUGAGGAUAGAUUCGAUGAUGGCAGUGUAGAAGUUUAACAACAUCUUUACAUGAAGGUGAAACUUCUUCAGCUGCCUCAGGAAGUGCAUCCUCUGCUGAGCCUUCUUAGUGAUGGAGCUGAUGUUUUGCUCCCACUUUAAGGUCCUGCCUGAUGAUGGAGCCCAGGAAGCAGAAAGACUCCACAGAGGUCAUCGGAGUGUCACAGAGGAUGACAGGGGGGAGUGGGGCUGGGUCCUUUCUGAAGUCCACUGUCAUCUCCACUGUCUUCAGAGCAUUGAGCUCCAGGUUGUUGCAUGUUGCGCUGCACCGUGAUACCAGAUUGGCUAUCUCACUCCUGUAGGCUGACUCAUGAGGGUGGUGUCGUCAGCAAACUUCAGGAGUUUGACAGACAGGUGUCCAGAUGAGAUGUCCUCUUUGAUGGAGAGGGGUGUGAGGGGGGUAUGGGAUGCUGAGGUGUGAAGCUGUGUGGAUGGAUCUGGUGGGGGUGUGGGGGGAAAGUUUGUUUCUGUUUCUGGUUUGACAGAAGAGGUCUGUACCGUUGUCUGUACCGUUGCUGAGCCUGUCUGUUGAUGACCAUUGCUUGUUUUACUGACGCCGAGAUCGCCUAGCCCUUGUCUGUCCUGUCGUCGAGCCUGCGUGUUGCUGACCAUCGCCUGUCCACAGACGCCGAACUGCCUGAUCCUCCGGUACCGUAUUCCUGUCUCUCUGUUGCUGACCCAUGCUUGUCUGACUGCAGUUAUCAACCUGCUCCUUGUCUGAAGAUUGUGCCAGUGAUCUCCAGCUCGCUAUUCUGUACCCUGCACAAUAAACAUUAUCUAUUUGGAACAAGUUGGACUCUGUGCCGUGCAUGUGGGUCCGGUCUGUCAAGACAACUGCCGCGCCUGACACUCGUACUCCUGCAUACCGCGUAACUCGUCUGCACUGAACUCUGACUCAUACAACUAAGCACAAAUAUCAGACUUUGCGUGCUAAAGUACUUGCUGUCUUCUAAAUAAUCUGCAGCAGGACCUCUGGCCACUGAAUAUUAGUGCUGUACAGGUAUGCGAAGAAAAACAAAGGCGGACAGCAGUUGGGCUCCAGCAGGCUGGCCCCGCCCCCUCUCAGGCUGGCCCCGCCCCCUCUCAGCCCGACUGUUGCUGGGGCAGGUAGUCUGUGAGCCGAAGGUAGUCUGUGAGCCACAGGUAAAAAAGCCUCUGUCCUGUUUCAGAGGCUUUUUGCAGAGGAAUAAAUGAUGAUGUUCCUGCAUAGAUAAUAUGGAGGGUACGGAGUGUUUCUUCAUUCUUAAAUACUACCCAACAUCAUUUGUAUCAGUAUCGCUUUAAGUUCACUUUUAUGUAUAUACUAAGAUAUAUCAAACCAAAGUUUAAUCACGUGAUUAAGUAUUCUUGGUUUAUACGUACAAGUAUAAAAAGAGGUUAAAUGUUUAUUGUCUAUAUUUGUAAUUAUACUCAGGUAUACUUGACUCAAUCUGACAAGUAUACAGAAAAGUAUAAAUGUGUUAGAUGAAUGAGUUAUGUGUUAACUGAAUGUGUGAAUGUGUAAGCCAGGAAUACUAUCAUAGCAAAUCCAUAAUGCAUGCAUGCAUAGCUUAAGUGAACCUGAGUUUGCACAAAGUCAGAGAUUUUGUACAUAAUUGGUACGUGCACUUUUAAAGUGUACUAAUAGUACCUACAGUAUCUAGAGGUUGGUUAGCUCAUGUGGUCAGACCAGUGUGUUGAUAAUGUUCAAUCCCAAUGUCCGUUCAGGUCUAUAACUGUGCAAGAAGAAUUAGGUGCCUCAUUAGGAGACGGCAUGGGAAGCAGAAAAUUCCAGGUUAAAACAGAUACUUGCUCCCCCUGCUACACUAUAAACUACAGGUGUACUAAUAGUAGCCUGUAUUAAGUACACUAAUAGUUUAGUUGUUUAGUACAGUUAGUAGUCAAGAAGUACAUAAUUAGUACAUGCUAAAUAACGUUUAUUUAGAGUGAAUUUUAAUGCAGUAAAUAGUAGUAGUAAACGUGACUAAUUCUAUGCCUAAAGUUUACUAAUCAUACAUUUACAUUUAAAAUAUAAUUCAAGUGAACUUUUAAGGACUGAAAAGUGGGCAAACUUAGUCCCAAGAAGUAUUAAAAGAGUAAAAUUGUGGGGAUACAGAUUUACAUAUAGUAAGUAUACUUAAUCUGUAACUAGCUAACAACAUUUGCAUCUCUGUCCAGCUUCAAUCCUUCUAAGUAGAGAUUUGAUAAGCAAAUCAGCAGAGACACAAUGUGGAAUGAAAUGCAGGUCAAGGACGCAGCAAACGUGUUUAUGUAUCUGAGGGGGAAACUACUGCAUCAGAUGUCACACAGUAAAAUACACUGUACAUGGUUACAGCCUGUCUAUUAGAGCCCACACAUUCAGUGCGUUGAACAGCAUCUGUAACAAGUCAGAACCUGCUGUGUAGAAUGAAAUCUACUGAAACCUUCUCUGUGCAGGAAGCCAUGAAGACCCUACAACUUUACUAGAUUCUUUACCUGCCUUUACUCAGAAACAUCUUCUUUUAGUUAACUGAUUUGCUGCUGCCAUUGGAUGAUAAGGAUGCCAAAGUGUUACACACUGUUCAAUAAAGGUGAUCACCCAGUGUGAAUGGGUGGUUGCUCCUGAGAUCUUGUCUCACUCUAAUUCUGCAUUUUAAUGUUUGGAAACCUAAUCAAAACACUUUGAUUACUUACUGCAUUAGGAAAGUUAUCCUUAAUAGAACUACAGAGGUGCUGGAGCAAGAGAGAAAGUAACAAUGGCAACAUGCAGCAACACAUCAAGACUCUACUGCAGUAGAGUCAGUUUCUGUUGUACCUGUAUUAGUGAAAACCAUGCUAUCCUCAGGUACUUUAGGCUGUUUGUCUGAUCAUUACUGGUGGAAUAGUAUACAAUUUUCACAGCUCCACAUUGAUAGUGAAUGCUAGCAGAUAGAUAUUGAGAGAAGCCUUCUCUUAGUACAUAAAGUCCUGACCUGGGGCUUUAAACUUGUCAAUUUUAAACUUUAAGUCCUGACUCCCAAAGACACACAAAUUGUACUUAAAAUAUGUCUAUAUAUGUCAUAUCACAUUAAUUUGUUGUUCCCACAUUUUUAAGAUACAGUAUAUUUCAGGAAUAACAUUUUUGAAACACAUAAAAAUACUAAAUUCUGUUUAUCUUUAUUAUGAGUGUGAGUGGAGGAAAUCUUGAUGUCCAAACAUCUGUGUUGGAGGAGACAUUUGUCAUCAAGGAGUGUCUGUGUGACGGAUCUUACAUUUGUUUAAGCAGGGUGACUCAGAGCUUAAAGUGGCAAAUCUGGAUGUUGACUGGGGACAAACGUUUUCAUAAAGUCACUAGUUAUAACAGUAGAUCAGCCUAAAGACAAUACGUAUAGUUUAAUGUCAGCAUCUGCCAGAGCAGCAUGAAGACCAGCGGGCUGUUAUUUGGUGUCCUGUGUCUCUCAGGGUGUCUCAUUUUCUCUACAUGCUUCAUCCAUAAGUAUCACUUCAUCAAUAUUAAUUCAACUUGGAAUCAAGCUCAGACCUACUGCAAAACCAAAUACAUAGACCUGGCCACGAUUAACAACAUUACAGAAGUAAAUCAGUUUAUCAGCACAGUUUCGUCUGCUGGUUACAAUUCUAAGGCUUGGAUUGGAAUUUAUGUCACGCUUUCUGGUAAUUGGAUAAAUGCAUACUCAGCUAAAUAUUUAAACUGGAGGACGCCACAAGGAAGCGAGACAUUCAUACAGGGGACCUGGUGUGGGUACAUCAGUUCAAAUACAUUGUGGUAUGCAAACUGCACAGCAGAGCAUCCAUUUAUCUGUGAUAAUGGGACCCAGAAGACCUUUGUUAAUGUGCCAAUGGAUUAUUUGAACGCUUGGAGCUACUGUAAAGGAAACCUUACAGACCUAACGGCACCAUUUGCCUCAUCAGUUAAUGUAUGGCUCAUUAAUGUAACGGCUUUGGUCCCAAGUGGACAACAAGCGUGGUUCGGGUGGAUUGGCUUUAAACAUUUCUUCUGGUCGGAUUUAAGCCCCGUCUCGUUCAAUUACUGGAACGAGUUGCCACAAUUAUUUGAUACCGUUGGUGUGAUGCGAGGUGCUGCAGAUUUACAGAGGUCUGGAAUAUGGAGCUUUCUGUCUACUAAGUUGCUACCAUUUGUCUGCUACACGGAGCAAGUUCCAGAGGACACUAUAAAAGUGCUUAAGCUGAGGGUGAGCUCCUCUACAGAUGUCAAUGACUUUGCUGUGGAAGCAAACAUUCUGUCACAGCUCCAGAUGAAAUUUAUGAAACAAGGACUGAGUGGAGCUUCCCUGAAGUGGAGAAAACAGCCUGAUGGGAAAAUCUUCCUAAAGAAGGGAAACAGUGGAAUCUCAUACAAACAUGAAUGUCAGGUUAACUGUUAACAUAUCAUAGACCUAUUUGUAGAUAUCAUGUAUGUUAGUGAAAGUUUUCCUCAGACAGAACUGAAAAGUAUGACUUUUUUGUUAUUCAUAAACAUCGCACCAGUAACACUUACACUAAUAUAAUACCUUAAAUCACAGCACAGUGUCCCCUACAUUAUGGCACUAUAUGAAGUUGAAUAGACUUUGUGAUUGCAGAGAUAAAUUCAUUUGACUGUAGCUAUGCCAUUUUCCAGAAAACCCUCAGAAAAAAGUCAUGGGGCUGAAAAGGCUAGCAGAGCUAUUGUUUCACUUGGUUUUUUUUAUUAUUCAUCCUUCAUCAUCUAUCUAUUUAGUUGUAUGAAAAACUCUUAGUACUAUGGUACUUCACUAUGCUGAAGGCAUGUUGUAUAUGGUCGUAUUCCAUUUUAAUUAUCCAUAGGCAGCUGAAUGGUCUUAAUUGUGUUUUACUUAUGUCAAUAAAAUAUUUGCAUGUUACUAUGACUUUGUGUACGUUUGUUAAAGUAAUUGCAAAAAUGAAGUACAGUUUGUAUUAAUAAAAUAAUUAAUGUUACUUCCAGGUUUGUCUCAUCCUUAUUUUUGUGGCUUUUCCACCUGUUUUGUAUUUCUUUUCACUAUUUAUUCCUUCAGCUUUCUCUCCUUCCUUGUCACCAGUUGCAGCUCCGAUGUCACAAAAAUAUUCAUUAACCGUUAAGGAACUGAUCAGUCAUAAUGACUUUACAUGUGAACAGGAGGGAUUAAACUUUUGCAAACAGUGACGUCAAAACUGAGAUUAUUGCUAAGUAACCAGGGGAUUUUCUGCCCUCUGGUGGUUGUGUUGACUCAAACAAAGCCACAAACCGUUUCUGAAGAAACACAAAUUUAACAUAAAACAACAAACAAA